AUGUCGUCUGUUCACACGCGUCUGAUCACCCUGUGCGGCUGGCUUCUACUCCUCGGACGCCUCGCAUGUGCAGCAAGCCCAUAUUCGAUUCCAUUCACGUGGUCCGGCAGUGAGACAUCAUCAAACCUCUCGCUUGCACAGCGCGAAGGGUAUGCGAGUCGCGCGGCCGCAUUGCUCGUUGACCAGAUGAAAAGCUCGCUUGGUACCAUCAAUGGCUUCGAUUCUGCUCGGGCAGCUGAGCUAGUAUCUGUGCUUGCUCUACAGGACUGGCUCAGCGGAAACGCCACGAACAAAGCCGCGGUGCAAACCAGCUUAAACAUCUACGAGACACAGAAACCUACCUAUCCGGACUCCUCUGCAGUUGGGUCAUGGAACUCCGAUACCCUUUACUGGGGUCUUGCUGCCUACUACGCUAAUCGGGCUUACCCAGACGGAGAUCCGUACCUGGGCCUUGCUGUCAAUAAUUGGCAACUAGCCUCUCAGAGUGUUGUUCCUGCCAAUGGAACACUACCCCGCUCUGCGAAAGUGACCUCCGGCUGCGCGGGCAAAUCGCUCGCGGGAGGUAUUUUUCUGGUGAGAGAUGACUUGGACGACCCAACCAUAUGGAGCUUUGUCUCUGCCAUGUACAUAACGCUUUCCGCAUACCUUUACGAGAGUACGAAUGAUACCGAUUAUCUCCAGCACGCGGAGGCCACGGCCUCUUUCUUCCAGAGCGUUUUUCUCGACCCUGCAGGCCUUGCAUCUUAUUCUGUCAACGUUACAUCGUGCGACUUCGACCCUACAUUAUCUUCUUGGGUCUCCGGCGCUUCUAUCGAGGGGAUCGCGGUUCUGGCCAAUGUCUCUGGGAACUCGACAUGGUCGAAUAUGCUUUCCGAGAUACUACCCGCUGCUAUGCAGAGCCCAGGAACGCCCUGGAAUACGGCUGAUGGGAGGAUAUCGGAAGAUGAUCCCGCACAUCCAACUCACUACCAGAACGUCUUGAAGGGGUUGCUCAUGCGCGGCGUAUUGGAAGCACGCCGUCGCAAUCCUUCGACGUCAGACCUCGUGAACUUGGUUGACAGUUACAUCACAAUCCAGUUGAACUCUGUACUGAACGCGACUGUGAACGGCACCGCCGACACGUACUCGACGUCCUGGGUAGGAGUACAAGACGAUUCCACGGAUCUCACAGGCAAUGUUGGCGCCCUUGAUGUGCUCAACGCUGCCUUCGCCAUUGCGGGAAGCCUCCCGGCCGUAAGUAGCAACGGCACCUCGGGCGGGACAGGUGGUAAUGGCUCGUCUGGCGGUGGUAAUGGUGGAUCAUCGGGAGGGCCAAAGAUGUCCAGCCAUUCUUCAAACGUAGGGGCGAUCGUGGGAGGUGUGGUGGGUGGUGUCGCGGCCCUAGCGCUAGCUGCUCUCGCGGCGGUCUUAUACCGCAGGCGUCGCAGAACGAAAACAAGCGAAGCUACGUCGCGCGGUCAUACGACAGCGGUGGAUCCUUUCCCGCCGGGCUCUGCAGGGUCUUCAGGAUUCCAGUCUCGCUUGGACCGCAAAAUGGCAACGGAAGGCAGCACACAGCUUCCAACACUUUCAGGGAGUCCGCCGGCUCAGGAGUCAAGUAGCCCCAUCGCCUCAAGUAUAUCGCUCGUCAAUGCACCUCGGCCACGACCUCUACCCGAAGAUCCGUCCCACUUGCUGCUACAACCAAAUAGGGGACAUCAAGCUACAGCGCAUACACCACCACCCGCGCCCGCACCUCCCGCAACUGAUGUGUCACCCCUCACCCCACCGGUUCAACUUGAUCCGCAGGCUAUACAUGGCUUGAUAGGUCAACUGCAAGGUAUGCUCAGAAGCCAAGAUGAGCCGCCGCCUGAAUAUAUCCCGCGAGACGCAUAG